UCUCAACUUUUGUUUAAAUAAAACUUUUAAAAUAAGAAUAGAAAAAUUUAAAAAAAUAAAAAUUAUAUAAAUUUAAUUGAGAAUCACUGAUAGUGCAGUUAGUUGAACGAAUUGCCGUAGGAUGUCACUAGCGAUACGUUCAUCAUUUUGUCCGAUCCACGUGGUCUGCACAUGACGUUUGAUUUCAUAAAAAAAAGCAAAAACAAAAAUUGAGGAAAUAGAAGUAGCGAAGAGUUGACCUAUGGAUAGGGGAUGUGAAACGGUGGCGUGAACGUCAUUUAACAGAUAAUCGAUGCGUUAUGUUGUCCAAUAUGAAGAGUCUCGUGUGUGUGCAACUAGUAAGAACAACAGUGGAAAAAGGAGGGAAAAAAAGUUCCGAGGAAACGAGCAAUGUCAUCAGACGAUCGCGCGCUCAUAAUGAUACCGAUAUAGUAACAGCAACAGCAGCCAACGACUCAAUCUCGAUUCGACGGUGUACAUCCGCCGCGGCGGCCUACUUGGAAUACGACUCGCUCGCGAAGGUUCUCCUUCCAACAGGGUCGACCAGUCCCGGAGCUCUUCGAGAGACGAUUCAUGGAAUCGUGGGGAAAACAAUGAGGGAUCGUAUCCGCAAGCUUGAUUUCGCCUUCCAUUACAGUGAAAACACGAUUUCCUCAGGAAAGUACUUCUAGUUUUGUCGAUCAAUACUUUCCCAAUACAUAUUUAUCAAUAUUUAUCAAUAUUAAUCUUUAUGAUUAAUAUAAUACCGUUUAAUGAAUUAUCAUAUAU